AGCAGCGGAGGCGGCAGCAGGACCGGCCGGCUGCCCCCGCGUGCCCUGACCCUCGCCGCCCGCGCCAUGCCCAGCCGUCCACCCUGGAGGCCGCUGCUGCUGCUCUCGCUGUGGGGGCCGCUGCUCCGGAGGGCGGAGACAGGCUCCGAGGGGCAGACGGCGGGGGAGCUGUACCAGCGCUGGGAACGCUACCGCUGGGAGUGCCAGGAGACGCUGGAAGCCGCGGAGCCCCCAGCAGGCCUCGCAUGUAAUGGGUCCUUCGAUAUGUACGUCUGCUGGGACUACGCUGCGCCCAAUACCACUGCCCGUGCGUCCUGCCCCUGGUACCUGCCCUGGCACCAUCAGGUGGCUGCAGGCUUUGUCCUUCGCCAGUGUGGCAGUGAUGGCCAAUGGGGAUCUUGGAGAGACCAUUCUCAGUGUGAGAACCCAGACAAGAAUGGGACCUUCCAGGACCAGAGGCGGAUCUUGGAGCGGCUCCAGGUCGUUUACACCGUGGGCUACUCCCUGUCCCUGGCCGCGCUGCUGCUAGCUCUGCUCAUCCUGGGUUUCUUCAGGCGGCUGCACUGCACUCGAAACUACAUCCACAUCAAUCUGUUCACAUCUUUCCUGCUGCGGGCGGCAGCCAUCCUCACCCGAGACCGGCUGCUGCCUCCGCUCGGCCCCUCCCCUGGGGACCAGGCCCCCGUUCUGUGGAACCAGGCUAUAGCCACCUGCAGAACGGCCCAGAUCGUGACCCAGUACUGCGUGGGCGCCAGCUACACGUGGCUACUGGUGGAGGGCAUUUACCUGCACAGCCUCCUGGUGCUCGUGGGAGGUCCCAAGGGGGGCCACUUCCGCUGCUACCUGCUCCUCGGCUGGGGGGCCCCCGCGCUUUUCGUCAUUCCCUGGGUGAUCGUCAGGUACCUGUACGAGGACACGCAGUGCUGGGAGCGGAACGAGGUCAAGGCCAUUUGGUGGAUCAUACGCACCCCUAUCCUCCUGGCUAUUUUGAUUAAUUUCUUCAUCUUUAUCCGCAUUCUUGGCAUCCUCGUGUCCAAACUGAGGACACGGCAGAUGCGCUACCGGGACUACCGGUUGAGGCUGGCUCGCUCCAUGCUGACGCUGGUGCCCUUGCUGGGUGUCCACGAGGUGGUGUUUGCUCCCGUGACAGAGGAACAGGCCCGGGGCCACCUGCGCUUCGCCAAACUCGGCUUUGAGAUCUUCCUCAGCUCCUUCCAGGGCUUGCUGGUCAGCUUCCUCUACUGCUUCAUCAACAAGGAGGUGCGGUCGGAGAUCCGCCGUGGCUGGCACCGCUGCCGCCUGCGCCGCAGCCUGGGCGACGAGCCGCGCCAGCCCCCCGAACGUGCCUCUUCGACCUGGCCUUUGGGCUCGGGAUCCCGCCAGAUCGCAACUGGCUACACCGUGUCCUCGGGGAACCUUCCAGGGGCUGGGGAUGAGGCUGGCCGGGCCUUGGAAAGUUACUGCUAGGCAGGGGAUUGCUGCGAUCAUUCAGUUAGCAUGUAUUUAUUGAGUGCCUACUGUGUACCCAGCCCCUUGUGGAGGGUGCUGGGGAAGUGGGGGCGGGGUGGGGGCAGGCAACAGAAGACGAGGUCCCUGUCCUAGAGUUCACAAUUGAGUGGGGGGAAGCAGACCGUGAAGUACAAGUUCUAUACCCACUGUGUGGAAUGGCUGAUGAGGAAAAAUUAGAAGGGUGCCUAGGGUGGUCUGGGCGGGCAUCUCUGUGGAGGUGACAUUUAAGCCACGAUUGCAAGCGGUGAAGGAGACAGCUUUGGGAAGAACUGGCAGGCAAGAUUCUAGGCAGAAGGAACAGCAUCUGCAGAGGCACAGGAGCAGGAAGGAGCUUGGCCUUGUCUUGGAAACAGAGCGGCUGCUUUCAUGGCUGGAGCUGGGAUGAAUUGAAGCCAACAAAUGGAGAGAGACUGGGCAGGGGCACAGGAGUUGGGAUUUAUUCCAGGUGCAUGGAAAAUUCUUAGCAGGAGCAAGCACCUCAUGGGCUAAUGUAUUUUUUAUUUAUUGCAUUUUAUUUUAUUUAUUUUUAGAGAGAGGGGAAGGGAGGGAGAUAGCGAGGGAGAGAGACAUCAAUGUGUGGUUCCCUCUCACACGACCCCUACUGGGGACCUGGCCCGCAACCCAGGCAUGUGCCCUGACUGGGAAUCCAACCGGGGAUCCCCUGGUUCACAGGCCUCGCUCAGUACACUGAGCCACACCAGCCAGGGCCUGAUAUUUUAAACAGAGCCUUCUGUCUGCCCUGUGGGCGAACAGACCGUUAGGGAAGUGGGAGCCCAGUGAGGGCACUGCAGGCAGGGGCGGAUGGUGGCUGAAGCAGGGUAGCAGCCACGGAGGGUGUGAAGCAGCAGGACUCUGGAGCUGUUUUGAUGGUAGAGCCGAGUGUUUGGCAAGGGAUCGCAUGAGCAAAGUUUGGCAAGAAGUCCGGGAAGGCUGGUAGGUUUGAGACCGUGGAGAGAGGAGAUAGGGAGGCUGCGUUCAGGAUGGGGUGAACCAGGAGUGCUCUUUGGACAUGUUGGGCUGGGACUAAGGGCCUGGAGCUCACGAGAGAGGUUAGAAGUGUGAGCCCACUGGGGUGCAGAGGAUUCAGUGCGCAGACGAAGGCCUUGGCCGAGACCUGACAUCCGAGGCCAGGACCACGGCUAGGUGGGGACUGUGGCUGCGCAUUCCCACCCUCCUGGGGGACCCCAGGGCACUGGGAGAACUGGGGGGAACCAAGAGCCACAAUGUAGCUGGGCCACCUCUACACAGGUAAAACCCUCACUUCUAAAUCCUUCAGAUUCAGUUAGUACCUGGGUGUUGCUGAUUCCUCUCCUUGGGUCUCCAGCUCCCUGGGCAGAACUCAGUCCUUUAAGCAGGAGGAGGCCUUGUUGGGCCUCCUUUGUGGGUUCUGCGAGGGUAAGGCCCCAGGGCAGGGCCCUUGUAAAUAAAGCAUGACGUAACAGUUGUGUGUCUUUAAUCCUUAUCCCAGGAUGUUUAAUGAUUUUAGAGAGAGGGGAAGGGAGAGACAUCGGUCCAACCCACAACCUAGGUAUGGGCCCUGACUAUCAAACCCAAAACCUUUUUUGGUGUAUUGGAUGUUGCUACGAUCGUGCCACCUGGCCAGGACAGCAGUUGUGUGUGUGUGUGUGUGUGUGUGUGUGUGUGUGUGAGAGGAUCUGUCUUGGCUGGGCGCCUGUGGUGGCCACACCCCCUGGAGGGUAGCACUGUUCAUCCCGUCACGUGUUGCCAUGGUAACAUGGACAUCAACAAGACACUGUGCUGCCCCUGUCCGCCCUGCGUCAGAGAGCUGCCAUAGAAAAUGUUCAUGUGAUCUAACGCUUACAUAUAAACAUUUACAGUAUAUACAAUUAAGAUUCCAUGUGUGGACCCUGGCUGGUGUGGCUCAGUGCAUUGAGUGCUGGUCUGCAAACCAAAGGAUCACUGGUUCGAUUCCCAGUCAGGGCACAUGCCUGCACUGCAGGCCAGGUCCCUAGUAUGGGGAGUGUGAAAAGCAGCCACACACUGUUUUUCUCCCUCUCUUUCUCCUCCCUUCCCCCCUCUCUGAAAAUAAAUAAAAUCUUAACAAAAAAAGACUACCUAUGUGAAUCCUGGCUGGUGUAGCUCAGUGGAUUGAGUGCAGGCCUGUGAACCAGAGGAUCACAGUUCGAUUCCCAGUCAGGGCACAUGCCUGGGUGCAGGCCAGUUCCCAGCAGGGGAUGCACUAGAGACAACCAUACAUUGAUAUUUCUCUCCCUCUCUCCUUCCCUUCCUCUCUAAAGAUAAAUAAAAUCUUAAAAAAAAAAGAGUGAAGCUGCAAGCCUCAAGUCUUCGAAUCAACAGUC